AUGAUAAAUACUGGGAAACUUGCCGGAAAAACACUUUUUAUUACUGGAGGUAGUCGAGGAAUAGGUAAAGCAAUAGCUUUAAAAGCAGCCAAAGAUGGAGCAAAUGUUGUCAUUGCAGCUAAAACUGCUGAUCCUCAUCCUAAAUUACCAGGAACUAUCUAUUCUGCUGCAAAAGAAAUUGAAGCAGCUGGUGGCAAAGCAUUACCAUGCGUUGUUGAUGUAAGAGUUGAAGAACAAGUACAGGCUGCUGUAGAUAACGCUGUCAAAACUUUUGGAGGCAUUGAUAUUCUUAUUAACAACGCAAGUGCCAUUUCAUUAACUGGCACAUUAGAUACUGAUAUGAAGCGAUAUGAUUUGAUGCAUAACAUAAAUACCAGAGGUACAUUUCUCACUUCGAAAAUAUGUAUACCUCACCUCAUGAAAAGCAAAAACCCACACAUCCUUAACCUCAGCCCUCCACUUAACCUGAAUCCGUUGUGGUUCAGAAUCCAUGUUGGCUAUACUAUGGCGAAGUAUGGUAUGUCUAUGUGUGUUCUUGGAAUGGCAGAGGAGUUCAAAGAUGAAGGAAUUGCUGUCAAUGCUCUUUGGCCCCGAACAGCAAUCCAGACAGCUGCUAUAGAGAUGCUGAUGGGCGAGGAAUCCAAAGAAGCUUCCCGCAAACCAGAGAUCAUGGCUGAUGCUGCUUAUGCAAUCAUCACAAAGGACUCACGAAGCACGACAGGACAGUUUUUUAUUGAUGAUGAAGUACUUUUAAAUGAAGGGCUCACUGUGAAACAGAUUGAAGAAUAUUCUACCAUUCCAGGAACUAAAGAAUUCACUCCUGAUUUCUUCCUUGAUUUUAACACUGAAGGUGAACUACUUAAAGUAAAAGAUCUGCUCGAUAAAUAUCCUAAGAAGAGAAAUAUGUCAACCUCUGCACAUCAAAGCAAGUUGUGA